AUGUUUCUGUGUAUAAGAUAUAUUUUAAUAAACCCAUGUACUUAUAUAAUGGACUGGUCAAGUAUUAAAAAGUUUGUAUUAGAUACAAUAUUAAGAAGAACAGAAAUAAAUGAAGAAGUACAGCCUAAUAGAAUAAGAUAUUUAAGAAGAAAUCCAGUAGUAGACAGACCAACUAGUACUUAUAAUAGAAUGGAACAACCCACCAUACACAGUAGUCCGAAUAUACCGUCUGCACCUCCUUUAUACGAAGAUAAUGACUUGCCUUCUUAUACAGAAGCAGUGAAUAAUUAUGAACAGCCUCCUCCAACAUAUAAUGCUUUAUUUUAA